CAGCACCUCUCCGCUGUGGUGCGGCAGAAAACGCUGAGCGGAAAAGGAAGCGGUGUUUUUAUUCACGUAUUUAUUUUAAAUCGUCAUUUUAGUUCAUCGUAUCGAUCAUUAUAAACUUGUUAAAGUGAUAAAUUUUAAUAGGGUGCAGCAGCGAGCGGCGGAAAGCGUGUUAAAGCAGGCGUUAGUGUGUGUAGCUAGCCGAGUUAGCAGGCUAACAGGCUAAAGCUAAUAAAUAAAUAACAGAAACUGAAUGUGAAUCUUUGUGUGAAGUCGCAGAGCGCUGUGUUUAUGUGAGAGAGAGAGUGUGUGUGAAAGAGAGACAGUGUGUGUGCUGACACACCCGGAAAAGUGUUAGCUCGGCGGUUUAACCCAACUCAGGUGAGAGUAAACACAUAAAGGCUGUGUGUGUAUAAGUAUUAGCCCCCCGCCCCACCCCCCCUCCCCCGACCGGGCAGGACAACCCUGGAGAAGACGCUGGACCUGGUGGGCCUGAAGCCGGGCUCGGGGCCGCUGCUCACCCCGCAGAAGAAGAUGAAGAAACGCAAGGAGCUGAACGCGCUGAUCGGACUCGGGGACGGGAAGCGCAAGAAGCCGAAGAAGAGCUCCGGACACCGGCUUCUGCUGCGCGGAGACACCGGGGACUCGGACACCGAGAGCGCCUCCAGCUCCGGGGAGGAGGACGAUGAGGAGGAGUUCCGCAGCCUGAGCCUCGGGCCCGGGGCUUUCCGCAAGGGGUCGGCUCAGUGCUGCUCGGUGUGCUACCCGCUGUGCGUGUUCAUCGUCCUGGCCGCGUGCCUUAUGGCGUGCGCCGGACUCAUAUGGAUGCAGAUUGCACUUAAAGAAGAUUUGGAUUCGCUGAAGGAAAAACUGCGCACCAUGGAGUCGAGUCAGAAGCAGUCCUUACAUGAAAUCCCGAUACUAAGCGAGGAUCUGAAGGCCAGGCAGAGAGCGCUGGAGGACAUCGAGAACGGAGACAGGGGCUUAAAUAAAUUAUGGGCCAAUCUUACAGAUAUUAACAAAAAGAUAAGCACGCUGGACUCGGCUGUUAACCAUCUGAAGGCGAACAUCAAAUCAGCAUCGGAUUUAAUCACUCUCCCAACAACCGUAGAAGAGCUCCAGAAGAGUGUCGCCACAAUAGGAAGCACACUCACUAGCGUUCAGCACGACGUGAAGAUGAUCCAGAUUUCUAUCGAGGACCAGAAGAAAGGAGAAAACAAACAGAUCGUGGAAACGGCCUCGCUGACUCCGGCUCAGGACGACAACGGCAGGAAUGUGAACGGAGGAUCGGCGGAAAACGGCAGCUCCACAACGUCCCUGAGUCCGGUCAGCGCGCGCCAGCGACGCUUCAUCAGUAAGAGAGAGAAGGCCACGCCGCAGACUCUCACGUUUCCUGGCAUCAGCUCCGCUCAAGAUCUGGAGAAGCUCAUAUACACUCGGCUGGAGGACACCUCCAAAGGCGUGACGUACCCGGAGCUGAGGAAGAUCUUCGGCGCGUCCACUCCGGUCUCCCGUCUCCUCGAGCCGUUCGACGCAGACAUGGACCACAGGUACACUCUGGAGGAGCUCCGGGCCGCCACUGCUCUCUGAGGAUUGCAACCAAACCAGAGACUGCGCAGUCGGUGGAGUAAAGAACGUCAAGAAUGCAGCGCCUUGUUUUUGUUUGUUUGUUUGUUUGUUUAGUUUCUGUAAAACUGUACCAGAGAGGUUUGACACGUCACCCUGCAGCGAAUCGACUUCAGUUUCGUACCGGCUUCGGCACCGUGGCGGACCUCUAACAAAGUGAUACAGACAGUUUGUUAUUAACAAUCACGAAGGUGUUUUACGUACGAGUGUGUGUGUGGAUACAUAAUCACAAGACAUGUAUUACAGAAUCAGGUCGGAAAAUCAGAGAUUUACAAUUUAAAGUGUUUGUAAUUUUUCUCCUGUAUAGAAUUAAAAAAAACAAAAAAAAACAUUCCUAACACUUUUCAAUGCAAGCGGGGAGGAAACCAAGUUCGACAUUAUUUAACACGCUAUUUAAUUAUGUAUUUAGCAAAAUGUAGCAAUAAUAUAUUCCACUUAAGGCUUAUCGGACAUAUGACGUGUUACUGUUGUGUAUUAUGGACAAGUUUUCAACAUAAAAAGUGACACUUCACAUUUAAAAGAUCCGAUGCAGUAGCUAGAGCUCCCACGCUCGACACGGAGAGCGACGUGUGUGAGGCGUGAACGUGUGUGUAGGUUAAAGAGAUUACUCUGUUUGUAUCCGUACUCCUUCUUCCUGCUUCUUCUCCUCAGUUUUGGUCUGGAGCUUUAGCUACUGAUGAUGUUUUAAGGUGAAUGUUUACUUUUAACAGGUAGUGAAUGAAACACUGAUUAGGCAUGUAUGUACAUAUUUUUAUAAUGCUAAUGUCUCACACACAUACAAACACACACACAUUCCAGUCAUUUUAAAUCAGGGGUGCGCAAACUUUAAAACAACUUGUAUGAUAUCUCAAACCCACAACCAAACGCUGAAGAAACACACAGUUUCUGUUCGGUGUGUAAGAAUCUCUCAUCUUUCCCGUCUAUAGUAUUAAUUCUACAGGUGUAGAUUAAUAAGGGAUUGCCUUUUAAGGAAGUUUAGGGGCGGAGCUACGUUACAGGCCAGAAAAAGAUCAGAAGAAGCCUUAAAUUUUUAUUUCAAAAUAUUGUCCGAGCAACUGUACAAAUUGUGAUCGCCAUACACACACACAGGCUUUGACUUUUAAAAUCCCCACAAUCUUACACACCGCACCUUUAAUUUGCACCAAAUGAAGGAACGUAAUGAAGGAAUAAGACCAGAACAGGAAGUUCUUAGUCACGAUCUGACAAAUCAGGACUCUUACAAAAGUUUGCGCACCCCCACAUUUAUUACUGUAAAUACAGUGUAUGAUUUGUGUAUUCUCCGGAGGAUCAGCCCCACAGCUGGAGCACUGCCUCGGUUCAGGUGUUACAGGUGUACGUCCUGUCCGGAGGCUGAUCCUCGUACAAGGCUUGGUUCUUGUAUCUGCUUCCUGGUGUUAAUAAAUUAUGAUUUUUUUUUUUUUUGUGAAGGAAUGGUUCAGGUAACCUGCUCGUGUAAAAUAAAAAAAAUAUUCAGCAGUGUAUUUUAGCGUAACAGACGCACUUCUUCUGCUCGGCAUGUUGCUUUUUAACGUGACAUGUAUAAAGGUGCAAUUUAUCCGAAAAA